AUGAGCAAGCCCAUUGACGGAGACUCCGGGGGCAUCGAUUGCUUUCGGCGCCUUCCUGUGAGCAAGGUGGAUUGUCAACGUGCGAUUUCCAAGAUUCAUUACCAACACGACAACACCCUUGACACGGCUUCCAAACACUUCGGAUGGGCUUCCGGAAAUUGUUCCAUAAUCGUUCUCAAUCCAGACGGUGCCGCAACUAACAAAGCGCAAAUUGAGGACGGCUUCAAGCAGAUUCUGGACAAAUGCAACCCACAUGCUGGUGAAGGUCCCCUCAAAGUUAACGAGGGGGUAUUCUUACACAUUGCGCACCGGUCCAAUGCCUCGUACGCGGCCUACGAGAGUGACCAUCCGUUCCUCAAGCCGACAUGUGGAAUGAACAUGAAUGCACCCGACACUCAAAGCGAGGAUUGCAAAAAGGCCUACAAGGAUAUCCCUCUCAAUGGUCAGGGACAAUUCUUGAGUCCAGCCAAGCAGAAGACAUCCUCAGUCACAAGCACCUACAAGUCAUGCAAUGUUACUAUCUACACGUCGGAUGACUCGGCACUUCUCGCAACCAAAGGGAACCUGGAUAAUACAUUCGAACAGAUGCUUGGGCAGUGCAAAGGAAAGUCCGGCGUGGUCAGUAUCAAAGAAGGCGCACAGGGCCUCAACGGGCGGGUUUUGCUGGACAUCAAAAGUAGCGUUCCUUGUGGGUUUGGCCCAGGGAAACAAGUGUGCCAUUAAGGACGCAGAUUAUGUAUGCCAUCAAUGUAUCUAUGGACUUGAUUUAUGUAUCAAACCUAUCCACGAUUUGUUUUCUUCACUCUUCUUGAGAAAAUCCAGCAGCAUUAGUACAGACCAGAGGUGAUGAAAUUUGUACCCCAAAACUUGAUUGGGCACAGCUGUGGAAACUCAUGUGUAC